UCUGACUUGAGGGAAUCCGGCUCGGCGGGUCUCCCGGCAACGCGCAAGCGCAGUUCGGAUCCGGACUGCAGACUCCAGCUCAUUGUGUUCUGCCUGCGAUGUGGCGGUGGCGGUCUCGCGCCGUGGGCAGAGGCUCCUCGAAGGGCAACGCAGUGUUGACUAGACACGGUGACCGAAGCCGCAUCGGGAGAGCGGGAGCAGCCUUGGGGUGGUGGAGCCCGGUGGGAAGGGCGGAUGAAAACCGAGUCUCCCAAACUGGGCGCCAGAGAAGGAGAGGCCUGAGGCCAGAGAACGGCAUGGCCUUGAGAGACGUCUCGACAAUGAAAAUCCAGCCUUCUUAGCUUCUUUUCUAGGAGAAAGAAGACGACCCUCCUUCCCUACUUCUUUCACUCCCCGCCCCAGGAUUAGGCAGCCAUCCAGGCAGGAGACACACUUUUCUUGAGAUCUCUCAGCAUAAUUUAAGGGCAAAAGGCUGGAGGGUGUGUAGAAAGUGUGAAAACGGGCUGGAGGAUGCUUUCUUCAAGAAAAGUCAAAGUAUUUAAAUACAGAAGGGAAGAUAUGGAGGAUCUGACUCAGAUUGCUAGGGGAAAAAUUGGUGGGGGGUGGUGGGAGUAACUGCAAGGUGAGCUAUUCCCUUUACAGGGGAGGCCAUCAGAAAGACCCUCCAGGAGGAGAGAGGAUUGGGAGCAAAUAGCGACUAAGAAUUCACUACCUGGAGUACUGGAGGAUUCCCAGGGUGUGAAUGCUCAAAGCCCCACUCUGGACUGCUGUGUGAUAUCUUUUGACCCAGUCCUCUCCUCAUAAACAGUAGAAGGUGUUACCAGCCUGAGUCAUCAGAGAAGAAGGAAUGGCAGUCAGGUGCCUGCCAACCAUGGUCCAGGAUGAAUGGGCGCAGCUGAGCCCUGCUCAAAGAGCCCUGUACAGGGAUGUAAUGCUGGAGAACUACAGCAACCUGGUGUCCCUGGGACUCUUAGGACCCAAGCCAGAUAUGUUUUCCCAGCUGGGAAAAGGGGAAGAAUGGAUGCCGGAAGACUCCUUGGGAGACUUCUGUCUUGAUUGGAUGACUACACCUGUGAGUAAGAAAUCAACCCUCAAGGCAGAUAUUCCUGAAGGAGAAUUGGGUCAGUGGAUGAUAAAGGAAAGAUUCACUAGAGAUAGUCACUGGAAAUAUGAUACACUGUUGGAAUGGCAGCAUGGAAGCCAGGAGAUAAAGUUGCAGCAAGUGAUGCUUGCUCAUGAGAAAACUUCAUCUGUGGUUGGUGACCAGAAAUGUGAUGAAUCUGAGAAGCACCGCACCAUGAGCUCAUCCUUUGUUCAGAGUCAGGGAUUUCAAUCUAGCAAAAAAGCCUUUGAGUGUAGUGAGUGUGGAAAAGUCUUCACUAAGAGUUCAACCCUCAAUAAACAUCAGAAGAUUCAUACUGAAAAACUUAAUGCAAAUCGGAAAAUUCUUAUUAAAGAGAAGCGAUAUGAAUGUAGAGAAUGUGGGAAAGCCUUUCACCAGAGCACACACCUCAUCCAUCACCAAAGAAUUCACACUGGUGAGAAGCCGUAUGAAUGUAAGGACUGUGGCAAGGCCUUCUCAGUGAGCUCCUCACUUACUUAUCAUCAGAAAAUUCAUACUGGAGAGAAGCCUUUUGAAUGCAACUUAUGUGGAAAAGCUUUUAUCCGAAACAUACACCUUGCCCACCAUCAUAGAAUACAUACUGGAGAGAAACCUUUUAAGUGUAACAUAUGUGACAAAGCCUUUGUGUGCAGGGCACAUCUUACCAAACACCAGAAUAUUCAUAGUGGAGAGAAACCCUAUAAAUGUAAUGAAUGUGGGAAGGCCUUCAAUCAGAGUACAAGUUUUCUUCAGCAUCAGAGAAUUCACACUGGGGAGAAGCCUUUUGAAUGUAAUGAAUGUGGGAAGGCUUUCAGGGUGAACUCUUCCCUUACUGAACAUCAAAGAAUUCAUACUGGAGAGAAACCUUAUAAGUGUAACGAAUGUGGGAAAGCUUUCAGGGAUAAUUCAUCCUUUGCUCGACAUCGGAAAAUUCAUACUGGAGAGAAACCUUACAGAUGUGGUUUGUGUGAGAAAGCCUUCAGGGACCAAUCAGCCCUAGCCCAGCAUCAGAGAAUUCAUACUGGGGAGAAACCUUAUGCAUGUAAUAUAUGUGAGAAAGCAUUCAGUGACCAUUCAGCCCUCACUCAACAUAAGAGAAUUCAUACUAGAGAAAAACCUUAUAAAUGUAAAGUCUGUGGGAAAGCCUUUAUCCGAAGUACACACCUGACUCAACAUCAGAGGAUUCACACGGGAGAGAAACCCUAUAAAUGUAAUAAAUGUGGGAAAGCUUUCAACCAGACUGCAAACCUCAUUCAGCAUCAGAGACAUCAUAUUGGAGAAAAGUGAUAUGGAAGAGCUUUGAGACUAAGUGUAUUAAUUAUUGAAUGCAAGAGAAUUUCCAUUCUACAGAAUAACCAUGAAAGCUUACAUGAAGAUAGUCAUUUUAUUUACUGAGAGUCAAGGUUCACAGUAGUGUGGGUUUUGAGAACUUAAGAAUGGCAAACACUCCUCAUAAUUCAGAACUGCCUCAGUUGAAUAGUCUGAAUUAGUCUGAAUUACCAAGUAUCAGAACCAACAUGGACCUUCAUUAACAACAGAGAAAUUAGUUGCCCAUUAAGAGAAAUUAUAAAAUUGUAAAAAUUGAGAAGCACAAGAACAAAAAAAAUAAGAAAAUGGUCUAUAAGCAUUUUACCGUACUUGAUUCUCUUAUACAGGAGGGUUUCUACCUUUAAUGGAACCCUUUAUUUUCCUCACCCCCACCGCUUACACCCAGUGUAAGGAAAGUGCAGUCACCUGUGCACUGGCCCAGGAGUUACUUAAUUUAUGCUCCCCACCUUCUGCUUCAAACCACCUUUUGUCAGAUUUCCCUGGUUCAUGUGUCCACUGGCUUCUUACUUGUAUUCUUCUCCUGGGACAAUUCAUUUGAACCGUGUGUCCCUUUUUGAUUUAGCAACUCCUAACUGAUAACAUUACAUCACUUACUACCACCCAGUUUGCCCUUGAAGACUGUGGUGAUCUGACCUCACACACAGUCCAUGAUUCUGGAUGUUGCUCCAAACCCAGCUUUCAGAACUCAGGACCCCUAUCUGGAAGGCAGAGGUUGAUAAAAAUUCCUGA